GAGGACCGUCCGAUGUCACUGUCCAAUCCACUCUCCCACGUAUAUAAGUUGGGUCUUCUUCUGCUCCCUCCCUCUCACUCACUCCCGGUCGGAUAUUUUCUUCCAUCUGCCGCUCACUCAUUAUCCGAUCCCCGAAGCCGCGGAGCUCUCCGGGAAAGAUGAGGGAAAUUCUUCAUGUGCAAGGUGGACAAUGCGGUAACCAGAUUGGAUCCAAGUUCUGGGAAGUUGUAUGUGAUGAGCACGGAAUAGACCCCACUGGGAAGUAUGUCGGAAGCUCUCCCACGCAGCUCGAACGUGUCAAUGUGUACUACAAUGAGGCAUCUUGUGGUAGGUUCGUUCCUCGAGCUGUCCUGAUGGAUCUUGAACCCGGCACCAUGGAUAGUGUCCGCACUAGUCCCUAUGGUCACAUCUUCAGGCCAGACAACUUUGUGUUUGGACAAUCUGGUGCUGGAAAUAAUUGGGCCAAGGGGCACUACACAGAGGGUGCUGAGCUUAUCGAUGCUGUUCUUGAUGUUGUGAGGAAGGAAGCUGAGAACUGCGACUGCCUUCAAGGUUUUCAGGUCUGCCACUCGCUUGGAGGGGGGACUGGCUCUGGCAUGGGGACAUUGCUCAUCUCAAAAAUCAGGGAGGAAUAUCCUGAUAGGAUGAUGCUCACUUUCUCCGUGUUUCCUUCUCCUAAGGUUUCAGAUACUGUAGUUGAGCCAUACAAUGCCACCCUCUCAGUUCAUCAACUUGUAGAGAAUGCAGAUGAAUGCAUGGUGCUGGACAAUGAGGCUUUAUAUGAUAUAUGCUUCCGCACUCUCAAGCUGACUACUCCUAGUUUUGGUGAUCUGAACCAUUUGAUCUCUGCAACCAUGAGUGGAGUCACCUGCUGCCUCCGGUUCCCUGGCCAAUUGAACUCUGAUCUCAGGAAGCUUGCAGUGAACCUGAUCCCCUUCCCCCGUCUCCACUUCUUCAUGGUUGGUUUUGCCCCUCUGACCUCCCGUGGGUCCCAGCAGUACCGUGCGCUCACUGUCCCUGAGCUGACGCAGCAGAUGUGGGAUGCCAAGAACAUGAUGUGUGCCGCCGACCCUCGGCAUGGGCGCUACCUCACGGCCUCAGCCAUGUUCAGGGGAAAGAUGAGCACCAAGGAAGUGGACGAGCAGAUGAUCAAUGUCCAGAACAAGAACUCCUCCUACUUCGUGGAAUGGAUUCCGAACAAUGUGAAGUCCAGCGUCUGUGAUAUCGCACCAAGGGGGCUCUCCAUGGCCUCGACUUUCAUCGGGAACUCCACCUCCAUUCAGGAGAUGUUCAGGAGGGUGAGCGAGCAGUUUACAGCCAUGUUCAGGAGGAAGGCUUUCUUGCACUGGUACACCGGAGAAGGAAUGGACGAGAUGGAGUUCACUGAGGCCGAGAGCAACAUGAAUGACCUUGUGUCAGAGUACCAGCAAUACCAGGAUGCUACUGCCGAUGAGGAAGGAGAGUACCUAGACGAGGAAGAGGAAGCCGAGGAGCACAUGUAAGUCGGAAACAUUUUACUUUGGUGUCAGAAACAUUUCACCUUCGGUAUUAGGGUUUACUACUGCGUGGAUGCCUUAGUAUUGUUGUGUUAUCUGCUUUCUGUAAAAUGUCGGAUCGCGUGGAUCCUUAUGUAGUCUGGGAGAAAGAAAAAUGCGCUUUACAUUUUUCUUUUCACCAAGCUAGAUUGUGACUCUGUGUCUGCCAGCAAGAUAUACGGGAGUAGUUCGUGCCUUCUUCGCCUGCUUGUCUGUUCCAGAUUUUUUUGCAGUCCAUUUUGUAUGCAGCUGAUGGUAUCAUGCUCUGUAUUAGUUUGUUGUAUGAAUAUGAUAUUUCUGUGUUUCUUCUGGUUA